AUGGCAGAUCCUGCUGCUCCCCCAUUGAAACCUGCACCUGAUGUCUUGCCGUUUGAGCUCGUGAGUCCUCAGAAAGUGGAGCGGAUUCGCGAAAAGAUAGCCAAGCGCCUACGUGUACCGGCCGCAGAUAUUGAGGAUAUUUAUCCAUGUUCGCCACUCCAAGAGGCACUCAUGAUGCUCUCAAUGAAGGAAAAAGGAAGCUAUCUUUCACAAUUUGUUUUUCGGUUGCCCUCCACCGUGGACAUCCCACGUCUCCGAAGAGCAUGGAACAAGAUUGUGGAAGCAAGCGACGUCCUACGCUCUCGGUUAGUUUAUUUGGCAGAGGGCUGCUUCCAAGUUGUCGUCAAAAGUGCCAUCAGUUGGCAGACAGCGAACGAGUUGGAGACUUAUCUGGCCUCCGACAAGGGUUCUUUGAUGCUGCUGGGACAUCCCUUGGUUCGAUUGGCAGUCAUCCACCCCCAUGCCGAGCAUCAGGCCUUUUUAGUCUGGACUAUACAUCAUUCAAUUCAUGACAGAUGGUCAAUCAACCUUGUAUUGAAUGAAGUAAACAAAUUGUCCCAAAUGGACCUCCAGAAAUUCCCUGACACCUUUCCUUCGCCACCUCCAAAGUUUGCUGGGUUCAUCAAACAUCUCCUGACGGACGACCAGACUCAAAUGGAACAGUUCUGGACAUCUCGACUUGCGAAAAUCCGACCCCGGCAGUUUCCACCUCUGCCCUCGCCAUUUUAUCAGCCUCGUACCAAGGAUAUUCUGAAGCGUUCAGCCCCUAUCGCCCGUCGGGAUCACUCUAAAACCACCAUGUCCACUGUCAUUCAGGCCGCGUGGGGAUUGACUAUCGGUAGACACACUGGAUGCAACGAUGUCGUUUUUGGCAUGACUUUGAUAGGACGCGAUACCCCGGUAUCUGGUAUUACGCACAUGUUGGGGCCAACAAUCGCAACUGUCCCUAUACCCAUGGUGUUGAACCGGGAUCAGAAGGUUGCAACUUUCCUGAAACAAACUCAGCAAGAACUGGCAGAGAUCAUUCCAUUUGAACAUAUCGGCUUGCAAAGAAUCUUUGAACUUGAUGAAUCCACACGCACAGCUUGUAACUUUCAGAGCCUGCUUGUGAUACAGCCAUAUAUGGCGAGCUCCGCCCCUGAUGGUUGGAAGCAGGUUGACAUAUCAAAUCGCGAUGUGUACCCACAUGGGUUGGUCGUAGAGUGUCUAUUGAGUGAGAACCAGAGCCAGCUGAAGAUACAGCUCUACUUCGAUCCAGGCCUUCUCACACAAGAAGAGGUUCAAACGAUAGUUGACGACUUUGAAAGGGCUAUCUCAGUGCUGGGCAAUAUAGGGCAUGAAGGGCAUGUUAUUCGAGAUUUGGGCCUGAUUUAG